UGAAUAUUCCGUUGGUGAGAAGUUUGUGCUCUGGCCGUGGAAUAUAAAAGCAAGAAGUCGCGGGACAAGAGCGACACCCGAUAGUACUUAUGUGCUUGCGCUCUUCCUCACAAGACCGUGGGAGUUUAAAUACUUGGAAAAAUGUUUCACGAAAUCGCCUUUUACUUGUCUUCCCUGCUGAGAAACUGCGCUCUACUCUCUGGAAUUUCCCAAGCUAAGCAAACCCAUGCCCAAAUUCUCAUCCAUGGCUUCCUUUCCAACUUGACCCUUCAAACCGAUCUCUUGCUGGCCUACUCUAAAUGCGGGUUUCUUCAAGAUGCUCGCCGGGUCUUCGACAAAAUGCCUGAAAGGAAUAUGCAUUCUUGGAACAUAAUGCUCGCUUCAUAUGCGAAUAAUUUUCAUUAUUUGGAUGCUAUUGGUGUUUUCAAUGAGUUUCUGGAGAUGGGUCUUCGACCUGAUCAUUAUACGUUGCCUCCAGUGUUUAAGGCAUGUGCCGGAAUAGGAGAUGCUUAUCUGGGUAAGAUGCUUCAUGGCUGGGUGGUUAGGCUUGGGUUUGAGGAAUAUGUUGUUGUGGGAAGUUUGGUUUUGGAUUUUUAUGUGAAAUGUGGGAACUUAGUUGAUGCAAGGCGUGUAUUUUCAAAUAUGUCGUCUAGAGAUUCUGCUGUUUGGAAUUUGAUGAUUGCAGGAUUUGGGAGAGCUGGCUUUUAUGUGGAUGCUUUGAGUUGUUUCAGAAGCAUGCUUAGUGAAGGCGUGAGUAUGGAUUCUAUGACGAUUCCCAGCAUUUUGAAUGCUUGCGGAGGGGAAGGAGACUUGAUGAAAGGGAAGGAAAUUCAUGGGCAAGUAGUUAAGAGUUUCGUAUUUGAUGGAGAUGUUGCAAUUAAUAAUUCAUUGAUUGAUAUGUACGCAAAGUGUGGACGCUUGCAUGACUCAGAAAAGGUUUUCAGGAGCAUGCAUGAACUAAAUUUGGUAACCUGGACUACAAUGAUAUCUUGUUAUGGUGUCCAUGGGAAAGGAGAGGACUCUUUGGCUUUGUUUAAUAAAAUGAGAGAUUGUGGGUUUAAACCUAACUGUGUCACACUAACAGCAGUUUUGGCUAGCUGCAGCCACUCGCGUCUUAUUGAUCAAGCUCGAAGGAUUUUCGACUCCAUAAGUUUUGACUAUGAGUUAGAACCCAGUGUAGAGCACUAUGCCUGCAUGGUGGAUCUUUUGGGUCGUUUUGGGCGUCUAGAGGAAGCACUUGAAUUGGUACAAAACAUGAAGUUAGUGGUAACAGCAAGUGUUUGGGGUGCUCUACUUGCUGGUUGUAUGAUGCACAAGAAUGUUGAAAUUGGAGAAAUUGCAGCUCUUCAGCUCUUUGAGUUGGAACCUAGAAACUCUAGCAACUACAUAGCUUUGUGUAGUAUUUAUGAUUCUCUUAACAUACGGGAUCGUGUUUCACUAAUCAGAGCAAAGAUGAGGAAUUUGGGUUUGGUUAAAACUCCUGGUUGUAGCUGGAUAACAAUUGCAGGAAAAUCCCACAAGUUCUAUCAAGGGGACCUUUCUCAUCCUGAAACUUCAAUGGUAUAUGAAAUGUUACACAUGAUAAUUAAGGCAUCAGUAUUUCCUGGUGAUUGUGGACUGGGAAACUGCCUUUGGGUACAACCAUAGAUUGCUAAUUCAAUGUCCUUUCCGACGUGAAUAUGGCCAUAAUCUUCAUGGCUCUACCUGUUAUAAGGGUUGGGAAUUCAAUGAUUUUUCUGCAGCAUGUAAUGCACUGCUUUAGGAUUCAUUUUUCUGUAUGCAAACACACCUGAAUUGCACAUCUGCAUGAUCCGUGAAUAUAUGUAACAACAUAUUGGACCAUCUGUAGAAUGAAAAUUGGGUGGAUCUUGAAUGUUCAGUCCGCUUGUCUAAGGUACACUUUGGCUAACCUUCUUACAUUUUGGCCAGUGGCUUGUUUUGCUUGGUGCUCCUGAAGGUACACUUCUCAUCAGUUUAACUAAAUGAAUCAUUUGACAACUAUCAUUCUGCUACCUGGUUGUCAAAGGAGAAGGAGAAGCUAGCCAACGGAGUUAAGGAUGGCCCCAAGAUGGGACAUGGAACUCUUGCUGUCGCCGUUGGCAUAGAAGCAAUUGAAGCUCAACCUCAUUCAUGGUCUGGUGGUAGACCGACAGCUUCUCUGGUCUGGGGUUCAUGUUCAACUCUGGGUUUGAGGUUGAAUUGCCAUGGUUCUCGACACGCUUGCUUGCUGGUUGCCAUAAAAUAAUAAUAAUAAAAAAGUGGAAGAAAUCAAAAACAAAUAAUGCUGAUAUUAAAACUGAUCUCAAGAAUGGCUGAUAUAAUGAGUAAUGGCUAUAUAUAUAACUGUAAUAGCGAAAGACGAGUAUGAUUUAGUCUGGAGCCUGCAAUGGGUUUGAUCCAAUGGUAUGUUGAGCAUGUGCAAUAAUUACUUUUGUGGUCAUCAAUGGCUAUUUUGGAUUUGUUAUUUAUUUUAACUGCAAUCAAUCAUGGGCAGGUGAAAUGAAGAAACUGCUAGAUUUGCGUUGGCCCAUUCCACCUCAAUUUUGUCUUACAUCCUUUGUUUUGCUUUUAUAACUAUCUAUGUUGGGUGAAAUGUUACCCAAUGAAGAGAUGCAGCAUCUUAGGAACCAAGCGGUUCUCAUAAUGUCAUAUAUCCGAAUAUGGGUGUGAAUUCAAUUUGUUUAUAUAUUUUCAGUAUACAAAGGGAAUG